AUGAAUUUCUACUAUUUCAUCGUUUUUUUCCUUCAUAUUCAAUUAUGUUUAAGUUCUGGUAAAUUUGAAAUUGAAUUAGAACGUUUAAUUAAUCGAAAAGGUUUAAAUAUAAAUGGUACAUGUUGUAGUGGACCUGAUCGAUUUUUUACAUGUAUACAACCAUGUAAAACAUUUAUUCGUUUUUGUUUACGUAAUCAAAAUCCUAAUUUGGAUAAUAUUAAUCGUCCAUUAAUAUUAAAUAAUCAAGAAUGUACAUAUGGUUUUGAUGAAACACCAAUACUUGGUGGAAAUAAUAUUGAUUUUACACGUUUACCAAAACAAGUUAAUCUUAUUGUUUUACCAUUUAAAUUUAGUUGGAUGGGAGAUUUUGUUCUUCAUAUUGAUAUAUUUAAUGAUAAAACUUAUGAUGGACAACCAUAUCCAGGUAGUGUACGUGAAUUAAUUAUGUCAACAACAAUACGUUCAAUAAUAUAUCCAAAUUCAUCAUGGCAUCAUUCUCAAACAAUUGAUUCAUCAUUAACUUCUCAUGAAUUUUCUUUUCGUUAUCGAGUAUCAUGUUCAACAAAUUUCUAUGGUUCACAAUGUUCACGUUUCUGUUCUCCACUUUCAAUACAUUCAAGAUGUGAUACUCAAACAGGUGAUAUUAUAUGCCAACAAGGAUGGACUGGAAUUGAUUGUAAUAAAGCUAUUUGUCGACAAGAUUGUCAACAUGGUCAUUGUCUUAAUCAACCGGGUCAAUGUAUUUGUCAUCAUGGGUGGACAGGAAUUAAUUGUGAAAUUCCAAUAAAACAUUUAAUAAAAAAUUCUAAUGAAAAUAUUAAUUGUAAAAAUGGUGGAAAAUAUCUUGAAUCAAAAUGUCAAUGUCCAUUAGAUUUUCAAGGUUUAUUAUGUGAAGAACGUAUUUGUUUAAAUGGUGGUUUAAGUUCAUUAGAAAAAUGUAUUUGUCCACCAGGUUAUCAAGGUAAACAAUGUGAAAUUGAAUUAAAAUGUCCAAUAUGUCGUAAUAAUGGUCGAUGUGAAGAUAAUAAAUGUAUAUGUUCAAAAGAAUUUAUUGGACAAUAUUGUGAAAUUGAUAUACGUCUUAUACAAAAAAAAGAACAAAAAAUUUUUACAUUUGAAUUUAUAAUUAUAUUAUUAUUUAUAAUUAUAUUUCUAAUAAUAUUAAUAAUUAUAACAUAUUUAUUUUAUAAAUAUUAUAAUCAACGACAAAAACAAAUUAAACAAAUUAAAGAAAUAACAUUAGAAAAAAUUUGGACAAUUGAAAGUUCAUCAACAAAUAUAUUUAAAGAAUCAAAUGAUAAACUUUUAGAAAAAAAAGAUAUUAAUUUAAAAUUAAAACAAAUUGAUAUUCAAGCUUCACUUGUAUAA